CAAAGAUCGCAAGUAUUUGCGGGUGUGUGAGUGUGCGUGCGUGUUAUCAAUAAGUUGAACCCUCUGAAUCAGACCCCGCUUAGCCACCCACGCCAGACAGGAAGCAUGUCGGAGUACUCGGAGAUGGCACACAAGCACCUGGCCAACGCGCCCGGCAGCGCCGUCAACGACAGCUACAACCCGGUCUACCAGCCGCAGAUGCACAUGCAGGCGCCGCCGCCGCAGCACCCCGUGCGCUUCCAGGAGCUGCCGCGCUUGCAAGUGCCUCCUUUCGCACUCACGCAGCAGUCUCCGGCGUGGAAACUGCCGCAGGAGCAGCCAGCGCCGCGUAUGAGCGUGUCCAACCUGCUCUCCGCGAGCUUCCGGAGUCGCGCCGCGCCACAGCAGGCCCCUCUUCUGACUCCCCCGUCGCCUCCUGCGCCAGUACAAGCGCCUCGUCGUCUACCGAGUUUCGCCGACAUCCUGGCGCGUACCAACCUUCUGCACCUAAUGGGUCGGUCGAGCGAGCCCACGGCCGCCCCCGCUCCCGCCCUUGAGGCGCCAAUGGAGGAGGAAAUGCACAUGCAACAGCCGGAACAGCAAAUGAUGGCUCCUAUGUACCCGCCACAGCCACUGCAGCCCAUGGAAGGCAGCUACACGGCGUACGCGCCAUCGCGUGUGGACACUACAAUGAACAUGGACACGUCGUCUUCUAUGGGCGACGAGUUGCCAAGCCCCAUGGGCGCCGCGUCACCUGUGAGCCAAACGAGUGAAACGAAUAAGCGACGUGAACGCUGGACAGAAGACGAACACGCUCGCUUCAUGGAGGGGCUGAACCGCUACGGUCGCAAGUGGAAGAAAAUCCAGACUUUUGUUAAGACCAAGACGGCCGUGCACGUGCGCACGCAUGCGUACGGCUACUUUGCCAAGCUGUUGCGCAAUAUGCCCGAGGAUGACGCAAUCUGGGAGCUCGCGGAAGAAAUGAGCUCUCUGCCCGGCGCUGUACUGAAAGGCCCGGGCAACGGCAAGCGGCGUAACGAGCCUAAGACGGACGAGGCCGGCAUGGAAGUGCUCCGCCGCUUCGUGUUCUCUAAAAAGAAAUCCGAGGACAAGAAGCAACUGCCGGCAAGUGAGGACCGCGAGAACGUCGAGAUGGCCGAGUCGACGCCCUCCAACGCCAACGCGCAGCAACCCACGGGGUCCUGGAGCUCCACGCAGCAGUGGAAGGCCGACGACUCGGACGCGCUGCUGGAGAUCAAGCGUCAGCGCCUGAAUUAGUAUAUUUUUGCGGCCCCAUGAGUGAAAAAUUGUAGGCAUCAGAAUAAUAGGACACACAAAAGAUCACGGACGUGUAUA